AUCGGCAUUCAUAUGACAUUGAUUUCGUAAGAAAAUCAACAACGCAAUGUGACUGCCAAAUUGAAAUUAUUUCGCCCUAAAAACUCUUAUACAAUGAUCAGGAAAGGAUAAUCAUUAAAUAAAAAAAAUGAGUUCAGCGGUGAUUUUAGCGGGACUUGGUAUGGCUGUGGUAGGAUUUGGUGGUAGAUACCUGGCCAAACAUGCCCCUGCCUUUGGUGCCACUGUGAAGAAGUCCAUGGAUGCUAGCCUCAACUCUGGGGCUUUCAGUAAAUACUACAAAGGUGGAUUUGAGGCCAAAAUGUCAAAAAGAGAGGCAGGUCUGAUACUAGGAGUAAGCCCUUCUGCCAACAAGGCCAGAAUUAAGGAGGCCCACAAAAGGAUAAUGAUUUUAAAUCAUCCUGAUAAAGGAGGUUCUCCGUAUUUAGCAGCAAAGAUUAAUGAAGCCAAGGACAUGUUAGACGGCCAUACAAAGAAAUAAAGCAGGAGCUCAGUCUUCACGUGAAGUUGUGUUGAAGAGACUUUAUGUAAACAUUAACAGACUAUACACAAGUUGAUGUUUUAUAAUUUUUGUAUGAAUGUUUUGUAGAUGUGUGGCCACAAAGUGGGUGAUAUUUUUUGUGACAUUGUUACAUGGUAAUAAAUUUUUAACAUAUUCA